GCUCUGUGUUGUGUGGCUGUGUUCGUGGCGAAGUACGUACCGGGACAACGAAGCUCCCAGACCAGCGGCCGGCUCUCGAGUUUGCUCCAUAGUGUGCUCUUGGCGGAAUACGUCCUUGGGUGUAUUUAUCGGUUACGUAAAGUCUUCAAUUCGAUUACGGAGGUAGCGCGAGCCGGCAGCAGGACGCCGGGUGCGAUCGAUUCCCCGAGGUGCGAGGUGCGACGCGAAGCGAAGCGCGCUCGGCCGAUUCGCUACGAGAAAUUCGGCGCGAUUAUCUACGCAGAGGUCCCGAAGCGUACGUGGCGCGUCCACCGUAAUUAGUUCCUCCCUGACCAGACGCGCGAUUAUGUGAUCGCACCUACUUGCGGCGAAAGACGUUGGCUCGAUAUUCACUCAAAAGGGAAAAUAGAGAGAGAAAGACGGAAAAUAAGGAGUCCUGAGAGGGAGAGAGCAGGGUGCGAGCUGGAGAGAGAGGGAGGAAGAGAGAGCGAGAGAGCGACGGAAAGGGGACAGAGUUUGGGAGGAUUUUCUGUUCCAUAAGUACACCCUUAUUCGGUCAAGGUAACGUCUACAUCGUAGCCAUGGGUAGGACGCCAAAGAAGGCUCCUGGGGGUGAUGAGAGAAAUUUAUACGUUCGGAGACUUAAAUCAACCAACGCCGCGUCGAGCUUGCCUGAGAAACGACGCGAGUCCGAGAAUCUCUACAGACCGAGAUUGAGCGGGGUGCAAAAGCGAAUACCCAUUCCAACAGCAAAAGCAUUUAAGAGCAAACUACGCAGUCCGGCUAAGACCGUUUUGGGUCACAUGCCGAAACACUCAAGUCGCCCCAUGAGCGCAAGCACAUCCGAGAAAGAAGAGAAGAAGUUGGGUUCAUCCGUGAAAAGCUCGAAGGGUCAGGCGUCGAAGAUGCGUCCCGAGUCGGAGGAGCCAGAGGUCCAGCUGAAGGUAUCGAUUCAGACGGAAGACAAAGUAGAGGGAUGCAGUACCAGCAAGGCGAACGAGACGGAGGAACCGACAGCAACUAAGGACGAAGUGAAAAACACGGCGGAAGAAGCACCUCCUCAGGAGGAGGCAGCUCCCGAAGAAGUGAAUGGCAGAGAGGACUCCGUCGAAGACACACCGGAGCCUCUAGAAAAUGCCCCAAAGAUAAAGGAACCCAAGGAAAAGACCAAAGAGACAGAAGAUGCCGAAGAAUGCGAGAUCAAGUUGAGCCUGGAGACCGAUGACAGUCAGUCGAAACCAGAAGCUGAACCGGCUGAAGAAGUAUCAAACGAGAGCGAGAAAGUUACCGAGAAAGUGGAGGAUCAGGUCGAAGAGAGCGCCGCGGUGCGGGAGAAGGAGGAGUUACAGAACGAUCUACCGACGGACACUGAGAGCUGCUCGCCGGAUGUCACGGAACUAGCGCCACCGGAGGUUUGCGAAACUAUCGAGCCUGUAACUACUUCCGAGGCCACUAAGGAGAAGGAAAAGACCGCUAACGAAGCUUCCUUUGUAUGCUACGAUUCCUCGAUAAUGCUGAAAGAUGUACAGAUCAAGCUCAACGACUGCUUGAAGGAUAACUCGAAGCUCUACGACACUAGCGCCACUGAGAACAGCUUGGCCGAAAGACACAGAGAGGAGUCAUUCGGACGCGCUUUGAGGAAUAUCUCUGGCAGGCAUUCCUUGAGUCGUAUGAGACACGUCACUCUGCGAGACUACAGACUAUCUCCGAAUAAUUCUUUAUACGUUAACACGUCCUCGGCAUCGAUCGCUCCCGAUGAACUAACCGAUUACAAGGUCCUGCAUCAUCGCACAGGCUUGACGAAUACUCUCUCUUGCAAUGGGAGUCCCAUGGAUCGUAAACGCAAACUCGACUCAACGAGUGAGGAAUCGGCCAAGAAGGCUAAAACUGGCUCGGAGAAUUUUCUCAAUUCUUCGAUUGGCUUACUUAAAGGGUUACGUAGGCCGAUCCAGGAAUCGACGCCUAACAGGGAAGCCUACACGUUCCGGUCGAGCAAGUCGAAGUUUGACGGCAUCGACAGCGAUGCUGAUCAUAUCUUGGUUGAUCAGGAAGUUAAGAACUCGUGGUGCAGUAUAAUGUAAGCGUUAGGAUUGCACAUGCCACGGUUGAGUCUUUUAUUUUAUUUUCUUCUUUUUUUUUAUUGUACGCUGUUUCGUUUAGUACUUUUCUCGUAGGGGGCGUUUAGUGACAGUUGUGUUGAACACUUUUCUAUUUCUUCUUUUUUUCUUUUUGGCGGCAGUGUACAAUUUUCACUCGAGGGUUGUCGAACUGGCAGAAGGUUGUAAAAAAGUUGUGGAUUGUGAGGAAAAAAAUGUAAGACGUAAUUUUAAAGGCAGACUAUUUUUUAGUGAUCGUUAGAUGAUACUUGUGGAUACUUCCGGCUUGAUGGGGAUGAAUACUAAAGUUUAGCGGUUGCAAGAGUUGAGGUUUUAUUCUAAGACAAGUAAUCAAAAGUUGAUGUUAAGAUUGUGUAAAAUGGGUAAAGGAUCGGAGAAGUGACUAGGAAUUUAGGGUAAAGUCAAGUUGCUGUUUAAUGAACAUACAAGAUUUAUAUUGUUUUGACGGAUUCAAGAAGUCGAAUUGAUUCGACGUUAGAAGAUGUUAAAUCUGAUGAUGUUUCCAAUCGUUACGAAGACACGAAUAUUCUUAUUUGAUGACGUUAAAAUGAGCUUGAUCGUUUGGACAAAUAUUUGCAAUUUUUCUUUUUUUUUUUUCUUGGAAAGUGAAAAUUGUUUAUUGUAGUCAAAGGAAUAAAUGUUUCUUCUGACUGUCACUGUAUGCUUCUCGCUUUGAGAGAAGUAGUAAGUGAGCUAGACAUUGUACAAUAGCUUGAGGGGUGAUUAGUGAUUCUGUAAUCGGUAAUCGAUGAGGAAGGUCCAAACGUUUCAUUAUACUUAAUAAGCUGCGUAUUUCACGCUGACUUAAAAAAUAUAUAUAUACAUAUAUAUAUUUUUUUUUGCGUAUGAUUGCAUUGCACUGAUUGCAACAUGUGUAAACUAGCUGUGGUCAAGUGUAUAAAAGAAUACUUUAAUGAUAAUCACACUUUAGCGCUUCGACUUCACCUCCAUGACUUCGAUGAAACUGAAUAAGGGAUUAUCGACAGACCAUUUUAAGCCUUUAUUAAUUUCUGACCGAAAGAUACAUCUUAGUGUAAGGUAUGCAUUAACGUUGCUUUUAGUUAAAACAGAAAAAAAAGAAGAAAAAUACGAAAUUGUUUUGUAUAAUAUCAACACACUAUCAAUAAUUGCCAAAUGCGUGGAACUCGGCGCACAUUAGCACGCACCUUAAUAUGCAUUUGACAAAAGCCUCUCCUUUUGUUAAACAAAGUCGUAAAAUUUUGUAUGGAAAACCGCAAUUGGCUCGUGUUUAGUUGUCGCGGUGACACCUGUAAAUACGUGAACUUAUUAUUUUAAGGGGCUAUACUGUGGACGUCGAAAAACUUACACACUUUUGACAAUUUUUUUUCUCAAAAAGUACUGCAUAUAAUGGCAGAAACUACUUUUUCCCAUGAAAGGUCCAAUGUAGGAGAAUACAGGGAAAUUUUUCCUUUUAGUAAAAAAUACAUAUUUAUUUAUUUAUUAUUAGAAACGUAGAGUAGUACAAAAAAAUUGUAGAUGGCGCUGGCCAUCGAAGCCCUCUUGGUGAUGUGAAAGGAAAAUUUCAAAAAGAUUCUUAAUCUGUAAGGCCGUCGCUAUCGUCUGUACUUCGAUUAAUGAUUUAUAUAAUGAAUUAACAAAAUGGCGGCGUUUUUUUUCCAAAAGAGUUAAAAAAAAUACAUUUUUUUGCACUAUAAUUGAGGUUAAAGUAUGAGUUAAAAUAAAAAUUUUACGAUGAUUGAGGGACGGACGAUUGCGACAUUACAGAAUAGGAAUCUUUUUGAAUUUCUUGUUUCAGAUCAUCAGGAGGGCUUCAAUCACCUGCGCCAGCAACAAUAUUUUCUUACUACUCUACGCUUGUAAUAAUUAAUAAAUAGAUAUGUAUUUUUUACUAAAAAGAAAAAUUUUCCUAUAUUGUCUUACAUUUCACCUGUCAUGGGAAACAAAAGUUUGUGCCAUUGUAUGCAGUACUUUUUGAGAGAAAAAAAAUGGUCAAAAGUGUGUAAUUUUUUCGACGUUCACAGUGGUAUAGCCCCUUAAUUUAAGGAUAAGACCUUGUCGACUGGUUGUCCCGAAUUCUUGCUUUUGCGAACAAAAACAGACAUGCAUUACGCUACUUUCUUUUAUCCUAAGUACAAAUACUAGCCGGUAGAACCAUUAAGCCACGUUCCCAUUGACGUCGAAAUUGUAUUUUAAAUCCAAUACCUCAUCGAUUGAUUAAGGCUGCCUGACCUUCGGAAGGUAUCGAGGAUUCCGAACAAUCAUCAGACCCUUUCUCACGACAUUGUCAUUCUCUUAAGGGGUUACACCACUUUGACCCACCCAAAAAUUACGGUUUUUCAAGAAUUUUUUUUUCAAGAAUUAAA